ACUCUAAGGUAGUUAAAUCUACAAUCUAAAAUUUGCAGUGUGUAUAACCCUUUAUUAUUGUCUUUAAUUGUUUAUGUACCAUAGCAUAAUCAAUGAAACACAACAUCAAAACACUGUGCUGAUGAGAUUGUCUUCUUGCUGCUUUGACACUGACUUUUGCCUAUCUUGUGUUUUUUUUUUUUGUCCUUCUUUAACAGUUGAGGACAAAGGCGGUCUGCCGAAGAAACCACUCAGCUCCUCUGAAAGACAAGGAGCCGGGGAAGCAAAGAGAAGAAAACGUUCCUGUGAAGAUCUUUCACAGAAGCCCCACUCAGACUCUCCACUGUCUGCUGCUCCUGCAUCGACUUCUUUAUUGGAGGCUCCUGCGUCAGCCUCAUCAGUUCCUGGCCAGUCUUCUUCAUCGGCUCCUGCAUCAGCCUCAUCAGUUCCUGGCCAGUCUUCUUCAUCGGCUCCUGCAUCAGCCUCAUCAGUUCCUACCUUGGGUUCUUCAUCAGCUCCUGUAUCAGCCUCAUCAGUUCCUGCCUUGGCUUCUUCAUCGGCUCCUGUUUCAGCCUCAUCAGUUCCUGCCUUGUCUUCUUCAUCAGGUCCUGUAUCAGCCUCAUCAGUUCCUGCCUUGGCUUCUUCUGACGUUCAACCUAGAAGGUCAUCUGGUGGGUCAACACACAGUGACCCAGCACAUUCUGAGGUAACUGUCAAAGUACUCUGUGGAUGUUAAGAUAAG